CUCCUCCUCUGACUCCGGCGGCCUCACGCCCUCCUCACGCUCCGCAACGCCGUACCUGGAUGUUGGUUUCUACUUCGACUCUCCGAGGGAUAGAGAAGAGACCCAGUGCCACAAGGUUCCCGUAGUCUGUAAUCGGGGAGCUGAGAAUCUAGGCCAUAGGCUUCUUGAAGCCGUUGGGAGACAAAGGAGGCCGGACGAGCGAGCGAACAACCAGAUGGAGGCGGUGGUGCGGAAGGUGCAGCAGCGGGUGAGGAAGGCGCGGGAGGAGAUGGAUCAGUGGGAUGACCUCAACACUCGGCUCCUCUCCCAAUUCUCCAAUGCUGCCGCGGUCAUCUCUCGCCUUCAGGCCCUUGGAGAGGACAAGAAUUAUGGCCCCUUGCGUGCUGUACCCAACAUCAGAGUGGACCUCAUUGGGAACCAGAUGGAGGUUCUGGAGCUCAUUUUCGUUAAAAUUAGGGAGACACUGGAGAAGUUCAAUGACGUCGUGAAAGCUUUAAAUAAGGCUCUGCGUGAUACCAAGCAGAUGGUGAGAGGCGGGUCGGCACUCACGGCGAAACAGAUGCAGUUACAAGUUGGAAUUUUGCCAUCGAUUGCAGAAUGCUUGGAUGGAUUUCAAACAUUAUGUGAAAUGCACCAUGAUGAGUUUACGCUAAAAUCAUCAGCUAUCUCCUUGCUGACUUGGAAGACAUGUUCCAGUGACAUUGCUGUACUACGCCAACUCUUAGUAGACCAGCCAAACAUUCCAAAAGAUGAAGUCCAAUCCAUAUUCGACAUUAUAUUUGCAGAUGAAAUUUGUUGACCACCAACUCAUAGUAUUUGAUUGUUGAAGCCUUGCCCCCUAUGUUCUGAUCAAGCUGCCUUCUCAGGUGAGACCGAGUCAGUGUGGAAACUUUAUGUUAACCCAAUUGUUGAGGCAUUGUGGACGAGGCAAGUCUUCAUCUCUGUCAGCAAUCGGUGAUUGAAGACCCAGAGGCCGGACCUGACCAUUGUGUGCCGGUCACCGGAGUGUGAGUGGUCUGAACUUGGGAUGGUAAUGGCUUUGCCUGUCCAUCCUGCGGGGUGUGGACAGUGAUAGAACUUGAACAGGCUUGACCCCUCCUAGCAAGGGAUUGUGAAUUGUGAUCACCAAUCCAUGGUUCAGACUUGCACCAAUCAUGUGGCUUGCGUUUUUUAGAAAUAGGUGCACCAUUGCCUCUUCCAGGUGGUGCCCAGAAGGUUUCGACCAAGGUCUGUGAAAGAAGCACUUUGCAAUCAGCGGUGGGUUCAGAUAUAUCACAUGAACGAGCAGACAAGGAAACAUUCUAACUUGGAAAAAGUUUCUAUUGGGUUCUAUUCGGCAAUGGAAAAACGGUGUAUCAUGUAAAUUAAACUAUACUAGUUCACUUUGGUUUUGU